AUGACAAAAAGAUUUGUGGGAUGUGGUGGUCCAACAAAAUAUCGGUCAAUAAUGAUUAAACUAGUAUCUCUAUUACUUUUAUCUGCACUUUUGUGUUGUGUUCAAGGUGCAGCACCAACAGUUCAAAAUACAACAUGUUCAGUGACUAGAAACGAUUAUACAACAUAUGCAACAUGUACACCAAAUACAAUAGAUCCACCCGAUUCAAUGAGAAAGGUGAUGGCUAAACCACCACCCCCCAACUACACACCAUACAGUUGUCAAGAGGAUAUGGAUUCGAUGACCUUUAUGGGUCGUGUCGACGUCUCCUUCUCUGCCAACGGACAAACACAAAAGAAUACCAUCUGUUCGACCUUCCAAUGCAUGCGUUCCUCCGAUGAGACCACCACCGUCAAUUGGCUAAACAAAUACGCCGAGAAUCAAACCUACCCAUGCUACUACGAUGUCAACAACGUCAACACCGUCUUCUUUGAUCGUUCUGGAUUCUGUAGCUACCGUGGUAUCUACGACACCUCAAAGGCAUCGUGCACCUGCAAUGCCGGUUACAACGGUGACACCUGUGCUGGCUCUGACGUACAACCAGGUUCAUCCGACGCCAACACCUUGACCAUCUCAUCAAUCGUAAUCAUUGCAGUCAUUGCAACCAUUACAUUGUUCAUGUAA